AUGUUCUUGGAGGAUUGUAAGGAACAUUUUGGGUGUGAUGGUCUCUAUGACGUAUUAGGAAUAACUUCUGAAGCUAGUCUAGCUGAUGUUAAGAAAGGUUAUUAUAAAUUAUCCAUGAAAUGGCAUCCUGAUAAAGCUGGGCAAUCAGAAAAUGAUAAGAAAGACGCUACAACUAAGUUCCAAUUGAUUUCCAAAGCUUAUGAGAUUCUGUCUGAUAAAUCUAGAAGAGCUCUAUAUGAUGAGACAGGAGCGAUUGAUGAUGAGCUCGGAUCCUCAGACUUCGAAACUGCUAUGAGCUUAUGGCGCAAGGUGUUCAAGAAGGUUUCGAAGAAAGAUAUUGACUCUUAUUUAACCAAAUACAGAGGAAGUGAAGAAGAGCUAGAUGACAUAGUCAAAACAUUCGAGCGGUUCAACGGUAAUGUAGAUAAGAUGAUGAAUUAUCUAGUAGGAGCGGACAAUGAGCAAGAGCCAAGAAUUUUGGAACUCAUUGAUUCUUUGAUAAAUGAAGGAAAGUUAGAGAAGACGGCAGACUAUACUCGAACUUCAUCAGAGAAAAGUGUGAACGCUCGUAAGAAAAAAGCAAAGAAGGAAGAAACUGCAGCGGCCAAAAUUGAGAAGAAGAAUCCUAAAGAGAGCUUGAGCUUAGAAGAGAUGAUACUUGCUAGACAGCAAAACCGUAGUUCCGUUUUCGAUCAAAUUGCUGAAAAAUAUGCUAAAACGGAGAAACCGAAAAGGAAAGCAGUGAAAAAAGAGGCCCCGAAAGCGAAGAAAUCUAAGAGAUCACAGGAGGAUGAGUAA